ACGGUGCCAGCAUCAACAUCAAAAAUAAAAAGUGAACAAAAAAUCCUGUGAAAAAAAAACAUUUUAUAUAAUUUUUCAAGUAAAAUAAAACUUACUUUCGGAAAUCGGAGAGCAGCCGCUCAGACAGGAUCUCGCCAGGAGUGGGAGUAAAGGGGCUUACCGCCCUUUGCGGGGGCUUGUCUUACAAAGGAUAGCCCCCUUUACUAGUUCAUGCAAAGCACGUCCUUCAACUGGAGCAUACGAGUGUGGCGUAAGAGACCUGAUCCUUGUAUCCCUGGCAAAAAGGAGACCCUGUGAGCCACCCAUCCCCCCCAGCAUGUCCGAACCGGCACGGCCCACUGAAGAGCUGUGCUCCCCCAUAUCGAACUCCUCUACCAUGUCCACUGCCCUUGAUUUGAUCCACACUGGUUGUGUGCCCCUUCUGGAACGUACUGCCACAGACCUAGAGCCGCUGCCAGAGAAGGAGCUAGGAGCAAAUACCCAGGUAGUGAAAGGAUCAGAGGCACUACCAGGAGCAGGAUCAGAGGCACUACCAGAAGCAGGAUCGGAAGCACUUCCAAAAGCAGGAUCAGAUGCACAACCAAAAGCAGGUUCAGAAUCACGGCCAGAUCCAGUACCAAAUCCAGCAGUACCUUAUUCAGCACCUCAUUUAGCACCAGAUCCAGCACCAGAUCGAGCAUCUGACGUAGUACCUGAAUCAGCACCUAAUGCAGUACCUCAUGCAGCAACACAUCCACCACCUGACACAGUACCUGAUUCAGUACUAGAUCGAGCACCUGACUCGGUACCUGUUUUAGCACUUGACGCAGUACCUGUUUCAGCACCUGAUGCAGAAUCUGAUUCAGCACCAGAUCUAGCACAGGAUCCAGGAAAGGGUACAGCACCUGAUGCAGUACCUUGUGCAACAACACAUCCGGCACCUGAUGCAGAACCUGAUUCAGCACCAGAUCGAGCACCUGAAUCAGUACCUGAUUCAGCACCUGAUUCAGCACCUGAUUCAACACCGGAUUCCACACCUGAUCCAACACCUGACGCAGUACCUGAUCAAGCACCAGAUCCACCACCAGGUCAACCACCGGAUCCACCAUCUGAACCACAGCCAGAAGCAGGAGCAGAAGCCAUACCAGAGACGCCCAAAGCCAACCCGGAGGGCCAAGCCACACUAGAGUCGCCAAUGAGUAUACUGGAUAUCUCGAUUAGUGCUCAAAUGUCCCCGGAUGCGCCCGUCUUCUAUCCAAUGGGCACCUGUUUCGCACGCAUCUUGGGCAACGAUGAGGAGCCGCUCCCACGCAUGUCGUCGAGGAGCGCAUUUGAGUUUGGUCUCGAGAACGGAACCGGACCAUACAUUGGCCCAGGAGGCGAUAUUCCCCGAAGCUAUCAGUUCGUGAACCCCGAAAGCGGCGAGCGCAACUGCAACAGCUUCGGGUUGGGCAUGAGGCGCAGCAGUACCACAAUCGAUAAUCAGGAGACCGACGAACCGCAACCGGAUCACUCCACACCCUGGACGGCCUACUACUACGGCAGGUCAGGGGCCGCCGAGGAGCCUUCAUUUUCCAGAGCCAACAACAGUUGCACCGCCGAAUUUGUCGCGGAGUCAUCUAUGAGUGGAUCCUCCCCUGAGUUCCCGUCCUUCGAGUCCUUCGCCGCGCAGCUGGACGACAUCGGGUUGGCACGUGACGAGUUCAUGGCCACGCUGCGCAACCUUUUGAUACGGGCAAACGACCUGUUGGCGCCCCUCCUCCGAGGGGCCUUCCAACAUAUGACGCCCAUCCAAAUGGCCGAGUACACCACCGCCAUUCUCGAGACGCCGCCGCUGCAUCCGAGUCUCUUCAUGCCGGCGAACGUGCCGCGUCCCUGGACAGGCGUUACUGGAAUCAACCUGCCCUUCGACCUCCAUCCGCACAGCCUUACGCCCGACGAUCUGUCCCGCAUACAGGCAAUGCCCAAGGCAGUGAACGCCGCCACCCAGACAGAGUACCGAUGCAUGUGCAUGCUCAUCGCGUCGGGGGGAUCUGUGCCAGCGCCUGCGCCCGUAGCGCCGAACUACUUCCAAGGACCAACACCCAUAAACGGACCCCGGAUGACGGUGCCCGGCGGAGGACCCAGUGGAUCCGGUGGAACGAGGGGUCCACUGCCGUAUCCACCCAUGUCGGCGCCAGGAUCUUCACAGAACGUAGCACCACCACCACCACCACCACAACCAUUCGGCUUCUGGGCCAGGCCCGUGCUCCCUUUCUCUCCAGCAAUGCCAAUGCAUCCACACCAGGUCCCGCAUCCGCCGCCGCAGCGCAUGUCCCGCCAGCCUCAUCCGCACGCCGCCUAUCCGCAUAAUCCGCCUCACCCUCAUCCGGGAACGCAGCCUGGAAUGCAGCCUGGAAUGCCGCCUGGAAUGCAGCCGGGUCAUCCGAUGGCGCCGCAUCACUCACAGCAGCACAAGAUGGGCGGAGCAAUGCGCCAUCCGGAGGCGGGUAGCCACCGUGGCUACCGCGCACCUGGUCCCUACAGUCCGCGCAACCAUGCGAACCAGGGCCGCUAUGGAGCCAUCGGCAGCGGGCGUCCCAGCCAGAACAACGGUCGAAACUUCCAGAACUAUAACUUCCAGAACUACCAGAACUCUAACUACCGUGGACACCUCCUCUACGCAAGGCCAUGUGCCAGCCAGUCUAUGGCUUCUGUCCCGCCCACUCCCGCUGGCAAUCCGGUCCAGACGAUCGAGCCGGGCAUGCAGCUGAGGUUCAAUCUGGGCCAGCAGGGUGGCAAUGCGGUCGAUGGAACCAGCACCACCACCACCGCUAGGCAGGAAGCUUCGGACUCGUCGCCCACCGAGUCCUCCGCAACCGAGAACUCUAGUCCCCGCUCGCAGAUCGGCAAUGCUGAUUCUGGUCGCCAGGGAAGCGAGGAGAGCAGCUACGCGGAAGAGGAGGACACCGACGAGGACGACGCAGAGGGGGAGGAAGAGGACGAGGAGGAGGGCACCGAUGAAAGCGACGACGACGAUGAGGAGGAAGAGGAGGAUGAGGACAGUGAAGAGCAGAAUGCCGAGGGUCCGGCCACAGGAGGCGGAGCCGCUGGUGAAGGGAUCGACAUGGCGCGCCAGCCACCCAGGGAGUCGGCAUCUCCCGAUCCCCGGUCGUACUGCUUCGGCGAGGUGGAGUUCAUGAACUACGUCAAUACGCCCAUACUACCUGGUCCCGGCCAGCAGAACUUCGGGGCCACCUACAUGGAGCACGCCUUGCCGCAAACCCCGCGCCCCAACGUGCCCUGCGCCCAGGUUUCUCCCCACAUCACGCCAAGCCACUUCCCAGGCUAUCGCGCUGCUCCGGACCAUCCAUCCCAGCCAUCUCAACCAUCUCAACCAUCUCAGCCAUCCCAGCCAUCCCAGGUAAUGCCCUCACUGCCCACGAUGCCAGGAAGCAACUUCUUGCCUAAUGCAGUCCCCGUCGGAGUCCCAAUGGGAGAUGCCCAGUUUAAGGAGCCUUCAACGUCCCAGGAACAGUAUAAUAACAAUCAUUUCAACAACGGCGGACCAGGCGUGUUCGGCCAACAGCGACCCAAUCCCGACUACAAUGCAUCCAUGCAAGGCCCUGAGUCGGGUCCCAGUGGCAUCUACUUGAGACCCGCUAGCACCCAGCCCCAGGCCGUCUAUCCAAUGCGGCAAGAGCGGCCCAUGGCCCCCGUCCUGUUCGAGGUGGGCGGCAAUCGCAGCCAAGGCGCCGGUUCGCCCAUAAUGAUGCAGAGCGUCAAUGGCAAUGUGGGUCAUACGAAUGCCCACGGACACGGGCAUGGACGCGGUCGUGGGUCUAGUCGCGGGCCCCAGGGCCACAAUCUUUAUGGUCAGAUAAACCCCCAGCCCCCUCAAAACCACCAAACCCACCAGCCCCACCAAAACAUGUCCUAUCAAGGCAACAUGGGCCAGAACAUGUCUCCGCAACUGCGCAGCGGUCCGGUCCAGGUCAACCCCAUGAGCCCAAUGGGGAGGGGCAUGAACAUGGGGGUCGGACUGCUGCCCCUACCGGUGCAGAUGCUCAGUCCAAACCGGAUGGUCCAGCCCAACAUGCAGCAGGGUAUCCAGCAGCCCAACAUGCCACAAGGAAUGCAACAAGGAAUGCAACAAGGAAUGCAACAAGGAAUGCAACAAGGAAUGCAACAAGGAAUGCCACAAGGAAUGCCACAAGGAAUGCCACAAGGAAUGCCGCAGGGAAUGCCGCAAUUAAUGCCGCAAGUAAUGCCACAAGUAAUGCAACAAGUAAUGCCACAAGUAAUGCCACAAGUAAUGCAACAAGUAAUGCCACAAGUAAUGCAACAAGUAAUGCCACAAGGAAUGCCACAAGUAACGCCACAAGGAAUGCCACAAGGAAUGCCACAAGGAAUGCCACAAGGAAUGCCACAAGGAAUGCAACAAGGAAUGCCUCACGGAGUGCAACAAGGAAUGCAACAAGGAAUGCAACAAGGAAUGCAACAAGGAAUGCAACAAGGAAUGCAACAAGGAAUGCAACAAGGAAUGCCUCAAGGAAUGCCCCAGGGAAUGCCCCAGGGAAUGCCCCAGGGAAUGUCUCAAGGAAUGGCUCAAGGAAUGGCUCAAGGAAUGGCUCAAGGAAUGGCUCAAGGAAUAGCUCAAGGAAUGGCUCAAGGAAUGGCUCAAGGAAUGCCACAAGGAAUGCCCCAGGGAUUGCCCCAGGGAUUGCCCCAAGGCUUGCCCCAAGGCUUGCCCCAAGGCUUGCCCCAAGGAUUGCCUCAAGGAUUGCCUCAAGGAUUGCCUCAAGGGAUGCCCCAAGGAAUGCCCCAGGGUAUCCCCCAGCCUAAUAUGCAGCACGGAACACCAAUGAACAUCCCGCCGCCCAAUCGCAAUCCCAACGCGGUACCAAACUACCAUCCGAAUAGCCACAACCCGGAGAUGAACAAGAUGCCGCCAAUGGAAGGCGCAGCUGGACGAGUCAAUGCCGCCAAUGGCGAGAUGAACCCACAUAUGAGGGCUGCUCCAGCUUCCGACCCCGUCCCUGUUCCCGUCCCAAGCCCCGAUCCUCGACAGAAUUUCGCAGCCAACAUGGCGAACAAGCCACGACCAACAACUUCAAGUAACCCCGGGUCGAGGGUGUCAUCACCAGCCGCUCCGAGACCCAAUCAUCCACCCGGAACCCCAGCUCCGCAAGAGACUCCCAAGCAGCCGAAGAUCACCCAGCCAUCCUACGCCUCGCUGCUGCAGUAAAAGCAUUUCACGUGAUUUCUGUACAACUACCUCCAUCGUCUUCCGGCCACCAUUUAAAUUAUAUGUUACCUAUGUUUCUUUAUUUUGUGGUCAAAUAAAUUAAA